AUGGUGCGUCUUUCUGUGCCGCGUUCAGCUGUCGUGUCCAGGUUGCGCGAUACCAGCAGAGCUCCCUGGCUAUAUCCUUUCCACGGCAUAUACUAUUUUGCGUCUCGUCACUUUCUCUGGCCUCUUUUUCGUGCCCGUCUACUCCCGAUCUUCUUGUUGUCGGCAUUUAUCUACACGAUCCUCUUUCUCUUCGCAUACUUACCUCAGGUAGCGUUUCUAGCUAUCUUCCAGGGCCGCGGUGCUUGGGUCAGUGGUGUCUUCUUGGUCUUGGGCGAGGGAGCCGCUAUAGUAGCGGCCCUGUUCGAAGCAUUUUUUGUUGACGAGACCCUGGUUGAUAUCUUCGAUGCCGUGUUUGUAAAUGAGGGCUAUGAGGAACUCGUGGGCACCGCAAGGCUCUUGAACCCAGAAGCGGAGAACGCUGCGAAGAAAUUGGGAAAGCCUACUACAAGCGCUGUCUAUGCUCCUUUCUCUCUUCGUCAGAUCGUGGAGUUUGUUCUUCUCCUCCCGCUGACUUUCGUUCCCGUGGCUGGGAUCCCCAUAUUUCUCGUGUUAACAGGAUAUCGAGGGGGGCCGUUCCAUCACUGGAGAUACUUUAAAUUGCUGGGUCUGUCAAAGAAGGAGAGAAAGGCGAGCAUUCGCAGACGUCAGUUGCAGUAUACCACUUUUGGGACCGUCGCCUUGCUUCUUCAGUUAGUUCCUGUGUUGUCUAUGUGCUUCCUGAUGACUACUGCUGCUGGUGCUGCUCUUUGGGCGGUUGACAUUGAACGGAAACGGUGUCUUUCGGAGACAGACCGCGAGGCCGGGGAUAGGGAUAGUGGCUAUCAUGAUGACCCAACAAUGUGA